AUGGUGAACACGAUCCCCUUCGACACCUACGUCGACCACACCUUCAAGGUGGCCUUAAACUACGUCCUCUUCCGCGUCAACAGGGCUCUGUUCCAAGACGACGGGAAGGCCUACACCAACCUGUUCGACGCCACCGUGGACGCCCUCGUGGCGGCGUUGCAGAAGCUGGGAUUCCCCAACAUUCCGGUGAUGGUGACGGGGACGGGGUGGCCGACCGCGGGGAAUACCGCCGCCACGCCCGAGAAGGCAGCGGCGGACAAGCAGGGGAUCGGCACCCCGAUGAGGCCGAACGAUGCGGUGGAGGUGUUGUUGUUGUUCAACCUGUUCGACCAGAACAGGAAGACCGUGAAGGAGUACGAGAAGCACUUCGGCAUCUUCAACUGCGACGGCACCCCGAUGUUCAACAUCAGGUUCUCGCUGUAG